UAACAAGAUUCACGAAAUGCUCCUAAGUUUUAGCUACGGGAUUGCCUGCCCUCAAUUGAAAUAAAAUUUGAAAAAAACAAAGGUCAAGUGGUAAUUCAACAAGAAGCGCACCUAAAGGUCGAAUUGGUGGUUGUAAGAAUCUUCAGGUUUCAGUUGAGGAGUGUUACAGAGAGAAAACAGCCGAGACCAGCGCCAUGGUAUAUUCUUAGUAAAAGAGAGUGCUAAAUAUGGCUUCUCUUGAUUCCAGGGCUUGACGAGCGCCUGCAUUUCCCUAGCAAUGGCCCAAGAUCGGCCACAGAAUGACGAGAUCGAUGAGAAGUCGAUCAACAAUUGGCUUCCGAUCACAUCCUCCAGGAAUGCUAAGUGGUGGUACUCAGCCUUCCACAAUGUCACCGCGAUGGUUGGUGCCGGCGUCCUCAGCUUGCCUUAUUCCAUGGCUGAGCUUGGAUGGGGACCCGGUGUGACUGUGCUCAUCAUAUCAUGGGUCGUCACCCUGUACACGCUGUGGCAGAUGGUGGAGAUGCACGAGAUGGUGCCAGGGAAGAGGUUUGACCGGUACCACGAGCUGGGCCAACACGCCUUUGGCGAGAAGCUGGGCCUGUGGAUUGUGGUCCCCCAGCAGCUGGUUGUUGAGGUUGGGGUCGACAUCGUGUACAUGAUCACCGGAGGCAAGUCCAUCAAGAAGAUCCACGAAUUGCUCUGCAGCGAUUGCCAGCCCAUCAGGACCUCCUACUUCAUCAUGAUCUUUGCCUCCGUCCACUUUGUCCUCUCCCACCUCCCCAACUUCAACUCCAUCUCUGUUGUCUCCUUGGCUGCUGCAGUCAUGUCCCUCAGCUAUUCCACCAUUGCCUGGACAGCAUCUCUGCACAAGGGAGUGCAACCAGAUGUGGACUAUUCGUACAAGGGCAAAGACACACAAACCGUAGUGUUCAACUUCUUCAGCGCGCUGGGCGAUGUGGCCUUCGCUUAUGCCGGCCACAACGUGGUGCUGGAGAUCCAGGCCACCAUUCCCUCCAGCCCAGAGAAGCCCUCGAAGAAGCCCAUGUGGAGAGGCGUGUUGGUCGCGUACGUCAUCGUGGCCAUCUGCUACUUCCCUGUGGCCCUCGUCGGCUACUACGUGUUUGGCAACACCGUGGAUGACAACAUCCUCAUCACUCUCCAAAAGCCCAAGUGGAUCAUAGCUGCUGCUAACUUGUUUGUGGUCAUCCAUGUCAUUGGUAGCUACCAGAUCUACGCGAUGCCGGUUUUUGACAUGAUGGAGACUGUUCUCGUCAGGAAAUUGCGCUUCAAGCCUUGCUUCACUCUCCGUUUCGUCACGCGUACAGUCUAUGUCGCUUUCACAAUGGUCGUCGCUAUCUGCAUCCCCUUCUUCGGUAGUCUCCUCGGGUUCUUUGGAGGGUUUGCUCUCGCUCCAACAACGUACUUCCUUCCAUGCAUCAUGUGGCUUUGUAUCAACAAACCGAGGAAAUUCAGCUUAUCAUGGUGUACCAACUGGAUUUGCAUCAUACUCGGUGUAAUGCUGGUGAUUCUCGGACCAAUUGGUGGCCUAAGGCAGAUCAUCCUUUCAUCAAAAAAUUACAAGUUCUUCUCGUAAAGUCUUUCGCCCUAAAGAGGAGGAUUGACUAACCUUGACGAUUAUCAGGACAUAAUGAUGUCAAUUACACGAUGGUUGAGGAUUAGUUUGUGACAGUGUCUUUGUUUAUAUAUGUUGACGUCUGUAUAAUCAUCUGGCUCGAUUUGGGAGGAUCGUGUUCUAGUUAUGACAAGUCUGUGUAAAUAAGGUCAAAGCAUGCAUUUGACUUAGCUAUUAUGGAAAACAAGGACGUUUAGAGCAAGCAUGUAUGUCUCCAUGUUUCAAAUCCAACUAUUUCUCCAGACACCAAA